UAAAAUUUAUAAAAAAAAAAAAAUUAAUUUUGAAAAAUCAAAAAUUUGGAAAUGCCAAAUUAAAUAUCGCAAAAGAGAUUAAGAAUGUAUUCAACGGGAGCGUAUAAGGAGUUCCGCCGUUCAACAGGCCUUAUUACGAGCUAAAUUUGACCAAUUAUAUCGCGUUAAAAAAUUAGCGGUUAUUUUAUACAACCCUUACGAUUAAAAUCGAUAAACAUUCGUUCCUACUCUCCGCGCCAAAAUAAAUGGCAAGCCUGGCCAGAUCACCUAUUUUUUUCGUGCCCUCUUUGGUGAGCGGUCAAAACAAUUUUAUUUUAUAUUAUCGAUCUCCAGCAUCCAUCCUAUCAUCAUCCGCCAUAUCUUCUUCCUCUUCCAUAUCCGGGGAGAGCCCGCCAUCUUCCGUAUUCUUUCUCCCUACGGAAACGAACUCUGACGGUAACAAAUCCUCCAGCACGGUCUACGACAAUAACUUUAUUUAUAACAAUAACACUUACGUAGGACCCAACUAUUCCACUAGUUUCAUCUUGGCGCUCACCUUCAUAUAUUCCAUCAUAUUUGUCGGUGGCAUUAUAGGAAACAUAUCAACCUGUAUAGUUAUAUGUCAUAACCGGUACAUGCAUACCCCCACCAAUUUUUAUCUAGUGAGUCUUGCCAUAUCUGACAUUCUAGUGUUGGUAUUCGGACUUCCGGUGGAAAUAUGGGCCCUCUAUCGCAAUGAUUUUUUUUACACAUCCGGGGACACCUUCUGCAUUUUCAAAUCCCUAGUUAGCGAGUCGUCUUAUAAUGCGUCGGUACUGACUAUAACUGCUUUUACUAUAGAAAGAUUCCUAGCCAUAAAUUAUCCCAUGAAACGUCACAGACUUCACAGACUGUCCCGUUCUAUCAAAGCCAUUAUAUUUAUUUGGGCGACAGCCAUUUUUGCCGCCGUACCUAUCGCUUCACAAAUGGGUGUCAUAUACCAUAACGAUGACAAAGGUGACCCCAUUAAAUCUUCGGCCCAAUGCACGUUUAAGCGUAAUAUAGACUUUAUAAAGCAUACAUUCACUAGCGAUUUCGCGCUGUUCUUCCUAAUUCCGCUUGUCGUGAUCUCCAUACUCUACACUCUUAUAGGUCUGCAACUUCGAGAAAUAUCUACCAAAUACGAUGGCAUUAACGUGAUGGGUAGAAGUGAUGAAACCUUUCGGUCAAGUGGUUGGAAUAGCAGCAAAUCUAAACUGACUUCUUUCAUUUCAAAUUCUUCUAAAAAGGAAUUCCCCAAGAAGCUAAACUUUCUCGAUAGCUCCAUACCUCCCAACUCUCGAAAUAGGGUUUUGAUUAUCUCUACCACUUUGCCCUUAAAUGACUCCCAAAUGCGCGAUAAAGAUAAAGGUAAAAGAUCGCAUUCAAGUGAGUAUUUCCAUAAUUCCAAUCAACAACAUGCCAGAUCCAAGAGGUCAAACGGCACCCAAAAUCUGCUAAGGAAUCUCAAGCAAGAAAAUGAUCCUAAAAAUGAUCUUCCAGAGAAUAAACCAUUAGAAACGAUAAGAAAUUCGAAUACGAGUAACGUUAAACUUCCUGAUAAUAAAAAAUCGUUACAGGUCAACUUUAAAGAUAAAGAUUAUUCCUUUUACACAUCGGUAGAGAGCUUAGCAUUUAAUCCACCCGAACAAAUAUGCAAAGGAUCAAGAUCUUCAACCAAUAAUAUGUUCAAAAGAUUUAAAUCGAGCAUCAGUUCGUGGCGAUCAGAGUCCAAGAAAGAAGAAUUAAUUAAAUUCACACGUUAUAACCACAAAAACAUUCUAAAAAUGCUCAUAACAGUGGUAAUAUGUUUUUUCAUAUGCUACGCCCCUAACCAGGCUCAAAGGCUGCACUUUUGUUAUGUUAAGCAUUGGACUGAGAGGAGAUUGACGGAAUUCAAAGUUCUCUUCUACGUUUCCGGUAUCCUAUUCUACGUUUCGACCACCAUAAACCCCAUCCUAUACAACGUCAUAUCAUUGAAAUACCGCCGGGCCUUCAAGUACACAUUUUUAGAGAUAUUCCACAAGACCUUACCAUGCUGGCAUUUUUCCCUUUCAUUCUGCGAGGAUUCCAAAAUCAACUUUUGCGGGUAUAUCUGCAAGUGCUCGCAGCGUCAUCUGCACAAUAAUAAUAAAACCAAUUUUGCGGUCAAACGCAGCGAUGAGCACCUAGAGAAGACUUCCCCUAACACCAUCAGCCAUUUGAGGUACCAUCCCAAUUCGCAUAACUUCAGAACAACAAAUAACACCGGUUUCAAUUAUAAGAGUCCUCAGGCCAAAUCCAAAAUAGUAUCUUCGCCGCCCGAUGAUAAAAUUCCGCCUCAUAAUGCUCUAAAUAGCAGCAUGAAUGUGGAACUGAGACGUAAACUGUCUUUAUUAUCGUCUUCCGUGGGAGGUGAGAAGGCUCCUCAACCUAACAAUAUUCUUUUAAACUCAAUCGUUAAAUGGCCUAAAUCGCCAGACACGCCGAAAAAAAUACUUUCGCCUUCCGGUCAAUCCAAUCAUUCUUACAUGCCCUUGAAACAAAUGAACCUAAAAACUGGUUCUCGUGGUUCCGGUUAUAAAGAUCUAGACGAUAGGCACCUGACACUUCAUAGAACAUCUCUUUUCAAAAAUAAAUUACUCGGAAGUCGGCAAAGUCUUCACCAGUUUGAUAAUUGUGAUUCUACCAGACAUUCUAGUCCAUCACCAUCUAACCGCCUUUUCUUAAGGUCUCCAGCGUCUCUUGCCACCAUAUCCGAUGUCUCCAAAGAAGAAUCUAGUUCUAUAUUGAUCAAAUGACUCAAAUAUAUUUACGUUGUUCUCGUCGUAUAUAACAUAUAAAUUAUUCUCUUAUAAGUAUAAAAAUAAGCACAAUUUUAAUAAAUUUUA